AUGGCCGACAUGAAAACAGGCAUCUUUGCUAAAAAUGUCCAAAAGAGGCUGAACAGGGCUCAGGAGAAGGUACUUCAGAAGCUGGGAAAAGCUGAUGAAACAAAAGAUGAACAGUUUGAAGAGUAUGUACAGAACUUCAAGCGGCAAGAGGCAGAAGGUUCCAGACUCCAAAAAGAACUCCGAGGGUAUUUAGCUGCAAUCAAAGGCAUGCAAGAUGCUUCAAAAAAGCUUACAGAAUCUCUGCAUGAAGUAUAUGAGCCUGACUGGUAUGGACGGGAAGAUGUAAAAAUGGUGGGAGAGAAAUGUGACGUGCUUUGGGAAGAUUUCCAUCAAAAGCUAGUUGAUGGCUCACUGCUGACCUUGGACACAUAUCUUGGACAGUUCCCUGAUAUAAAGAAUCGUAUUGCAAAGCGGAGCAGAAAACUGGUUGAUUAUGACAGUGCAAGACAUCAUUUGGAAGCCUUGCAGAGUUCAAAGAGAAAAGAUGAAGGCAGAAUUUCCAAGGCAGAAGAAGAGUUUCAGAAAGCACAAAAAGUAUUUGAAGAUUUUAACACUGAUUUGCAGGAAGAGCUGCCAUCUUUGUGGUCAAGACGCGUUGGCUUUUAUGUGAAUACAUUUCAAAAUAUCUCCAGCCUUGAAGCCAAAUUUCACAAAGAAAUAGCUUUGCUAUGCCAUAAACUUUAUGAGGUGAUGAACAAACUUGGAGAACAGCAUGCUGACAAAGCCUUCACAAUUCUAGGAGCACCCAGUGAUUCAGGUCCACUUCGUAUUGCAAAAACACCAUCACCCCCCGAAGAGGCCUCACCUCCGCUUAGUCCUGUAGCGAGUCCAAAUCAUACACUGGCAGCACCACCUUCUCCAGCACCAGCACGGCCGAAAUCUCCCUCACAGUUGAGGAAAGGGCCUCCUGUUCCACCGCUGCCUAAACUCACACCGACAAAAGAACUGCAACAGGAGAACAUUAUUAGCUUGUUUGAUGACAACUUUGUUCCAGAAAUAAAUGUGACAACUCCAUCACAGAAUGAAGUUUCUGAAACGAAAAAAGAAGAGUCCUUGCUAGAUCUGGACUUUGAUCCUUUCAAGCCUGAUGCUGCAUCAACUGCAGUGACCCAUUCGCCAAUGUCUCAGACGCUACCUUGGGAUUUAUGGACGACAAGCAGUGAACUGGUGCAGCCGGCACCCAGCAGUGCUUUUAAUGGAUUUGCACAGGAUACUUCCCUGUUUGCAAUGCAAUCAAGUCAGAAUGUGAUAGAUAACAUGGCUGAGCCAGAAGAAGCUCCAUCUUUAGAACUCCAGGAGGAGGAAGUCGUAAGUGUACCAGAGGUGGCUGCUGAGCCAGAUGCACAGUCUGUGGAGGCUGGUGAGCCAGCCACUGAAGCUGUGGAUGCUGUAGAAUCAGGCACACAGGAGAUACCAGAACUUGCUGAGAGAGAGUGUGAGUUACAGAUGGAUUCUGUUAUGGAGGUUCCUACUGAAGGUGAGGGCAUGGAUGCUGCUCCUGCGAGUGAAGGUGGUGAGGUUGCUGCGGCUGCUGCUGCUGCUGUUGCUGCUGAAACAGGUGUUGAAGAAAGUGACUUAACUUGUCCUGAAGGAAAAACAGAGGAAUCUCAGGAAAACCUCAGCAACAUUCCUUCAGUAGUGAUAGAGCCUGCAUCAAACAAUGAAGGUGAUGGAGAAGAUCACGAGGUUCUAGUGAAUGAAUCAAAAGAUGCUGUAGAAGAUUCUGGUACUCAGGGCACUGAUGGCCUCGCUGGUGAACCUUCAGGUAUUGCAAGUGAGCCAGAAACUAUCAAAGAAGUGCCGGCUGCAUCUUCUGAGGAAAAGCCUGUAUCAGCAGAUGAUGACAUGCCACCCAACUUCCUCUUUAAGGCUGAAGUACUACAUGAUUUUGAAGCAGCUAAUAGUGAUGAGCUGACUCUGAGGCGAGGAGAUAUUCUACUAGUAAUCCCAUGUGCCACACCUGCUGAUCAGGAAGCUGGUUGGUUAACAGGGAUUAAGGAAUCUGACUGGCUAAAAUACAGAGAUGUAACUACUUAUAAAGGACUUUUUCCUGAGAAUUUCACCCGCUGUUUGCAAUAGAUCUCAGCUCAGGAGGUAUGAAGUGUGUGGUAGGAAGCUCGGUCCCUACAUUUCGAACCUCUCCAAUGCACAGGAGCCCACCUUUAUAGUCGAGCCAUUGUGGUUUACAGACUGGUGCCAGACAAAAAUUUGGGUGACGCAUAUCAAAUGAGCAUGAUUGCAAGAAGUUAAAAGCGGGCAUAU